AUGACGCAGCAGGGCAGCAGUCAGCGAGACCUGCCGAGCGCUGGAAAUGGACCCUACUUAUUGCAACCAUUGCUAGACGAUGUACCUCUCUCCGACGAUGGCUCCCAGAGCGAUGUCAAAAUCAAUUGCAUAGAAUACUAUGACGGAAAUCUUUACGUCGGCACGUCCGCCUCCGAGCUCUUGCACUUUGUCCGAAUCCCACCCGACCCUGCCGAUAAAAAUGGAAAACCGAUGUUUAUUUCGGCAUCAAGGCUCGUGCCCCCAUUUUUGGAGACGGAUGGAGGACUGCGACCUGGAGUACAGCAAAUCUUAUUACUGCCACGCGCGGGCAAGGCUUGCAUUCUCUGCAACUCGACAGUAACCUUUUACUCGCUGCCCGAGCUCACACCAGUUUUCGAGUCAACGCAAAAUAUAGACUUCUCUGCUAGCUGUCUUUCCGUACGCCGAGACACGAUCGCCUGUGUUGCGGAUUCGAAGCUAUACGCCCUUCUGGACGUCGAGAAGCAACUGAAGAUCCCAUUAAUGAGCAUAUCAUCCUUGGAGCCACCAACUUCGCCCGAAUCUAUAUCUCAACCAGCGAAUCUAGCUGUAGAGGCUGGUGGAAUAUCUAGGAGCGCGUCAACCUCUCAAGCUGCUCGACACUCUACCCCACAGAGCCACACACGGAGCUCCAGCUUUGGGGGGGCAAUUCUCGGCAAUCUGGGCCGCCAACAGGAUCAUGGUGGUGGUCUAUCAAGAAAAUCUUCUUCCCCAGAUCAGCCCGGUACACCGCAAUCCGAUCUCAUCGCUGACAAGGCUCUGCCUGAUGUUCCCUCGGAAUCACAACCCCGCCAGUCAUCCGACAUGUCAAGACCUCCGGCACUCAGGCCUCAUAUUGCCUCACCUACUCCGGAGGAAUUUCUGAUAGUGACUGGCACCAACCCUGAUGAGGUCGGAAUCGGCAUGUUCAUCAAUUUAGAUGGCGACAUAACUCGGCCAACUAUAUCAUUCCAGAAAUACCCUGAACAAGUCGUGAUAGAUGGCGGGAGCAUGAACCUGGCGUCGUCUCGGAGUGGAUUGUCCGAUGAAGACGACGGGUAUGUUCUUGCUUCCCUGGAUAUUGAAAAUCGAGACAGUCCGAGAUUUGGCAUUGAAAUCCAACGGGUGGAUGCUGGAAGUGAGGCUCACCCUGAGAGGCACUGGCUUUAUGCGACGGGCUUGAAGCCAAAGGAUCCAUAUGGUAUCCGGUCGCUUCUUGGCUGCGAAGAGACGAUAUUUGAAGAGAUCGUGGAGAAGCUCAGUGAAAAGCGCUUCUCAUCGUUCCCCAACCCCAAUGUGGUAUCAUUGCCAUCUCUGAAAAGCCUCGACUCCCGUACGGCUGGGUCUAUAGAGCGUUUGUCUAAGGAACAGGAGCUAUUUGAGAGGAACGUUGACUCGCAAGACGACGAAUCUUUACCUGACGGGUGGGAGACCACUCGUGUAUCUGAAGGCGAGGAGUUUGCUCGAAGAUUGUCCAAAGUAUCAACGAAACUGGUAGCCUGGUCUGGCGAUAAAAUCUGGUGGGCAGUUCGGAAUCCACUGAUUUUACAACUGGAAAGUGCCUUGGGGGCUUCCAAUGACAGCCAAUUGCUACCGAACAAGCUGAACAAAGAUGCUGUUUUUGGUACAAUAGCACGGAUUCGACGCCGGGAGGCAAAAUCAGAACUCGAAUUUAUGACUUUUCGGUAUUUACGUCAAAAGGCAGGAAUCUUACUUUUGGGCGCUCUGCUCCUCGCGCCGCCGCACAAGGAAUUAGCGGAUCCAGAGGUAACUGCUAUAGAAGAAAUAUUUGCGGACAGUCAACUGGAUCCACGAGUUGUUCUCUCCAUGAUUCCUGGCGUCAGAAAUGAGAUUAUCGAGGGGCAGAAUGGAAUAUGGAUUUAUGGUGGCGUCAAGAAAGUCACAGAGAUGAUUCUUUGCAGCGAUGAGUUUGAGGCGAUCGCAAAGAACAGCAUCGGGAAUAUGGAGUCGAGAACGCUUCAUUUUCUGCGCCGCUUCCUUUCGACAUGGAGAAAAAUGAAAGGGUUCGGAAGUGUACCCGAUGAGCGAGAGGUGUUUAGGACAGUAGAGGCUGCGCUGCUACUUGUCCUCCUCGAGUUGGACCGGCGCGCUCCCAAGGCACUUGGAAGACACAGCCCCGUCAAGAUUGAGCUUCAUGAACUUGUUGACAAGGGGGUGGAUUGCUUCGAUCGCGCCGUCGAUAUCCUCGAGUCCCACCAUCGCCUCUUCAUCCUCAGUCGCUUAUAUCAGAGCCGGAAAAUGGCUGGCGAUGUUCUAGCGACGUGGAGGCGCAUCCUCGAGGGUGAGCGCGACGAUGGACAAGAAUUACAAGACGGCGAGCUGCGUAUUAAAGAUUAUCUCUCCAAAAUCAGCAACCAGUCACUGGUAAAAGAAUACGGUGUUUGGCUGGCCAGACGAAAUCCAAAACUGGGCGUGGAGAUCUUUGCCGAGGAUAAGUCCAAAGCUGCCAGGUUCGAGCCCAACCAGGUGGUUGAGAUUUUGAGAGAAGAAGCACCUAUGGCGGUGAAGCACUUCCUCGAACACCUGACGUUUGGGAAAGGACAUACAGCAUAUAUCAACGAACUCAUCUUCUACUAUUUGGACAGUGUCAUUGACGAUUUGAAAAACUCCGAGGUCAGUCGAGAUGCGGUCAUGGCUGCCUACGCAACAUACAGGGCAUUACAAGCGCCUAAGCCCACAUACCAUCACUUCCUCACGGCAAAUACACCAGAAGACAAUGAGGUGUGGCAGAACCGACUCCGGCUGCUUCAGCUCCUAGGGGGGGCAAACGAUUACAAUACAGCCAGCAUCCGACAGCGCAUCAGCAGCUUGCCCGGGGACUUGCUCGUGCCGGAGACGAUUAUUCUCGCAGGCCGAGAAAGCCGCCACGAGCAAGCGCUGCGCCUGCUCGUGCACAAACUGGGCGACUACGACUCGGCCGUCUCGUACUGUCUACGCGGCGGCGGCGCCAGCGUCUUUUCCAUAUCCCCGUCGCGGCGUCGCGGCGACGCGCCGCGGCCGCCGCCGUCCAUCAAGGACCAGCAACGCCUGUUCCACGCGGUGCUUCGCGAGUUCCUCGCCAUUGACGAUGCCAGCGCGCGCGUGGAGCAGACGGGCGCCUUGCUGGAACGCUUCGGAGGCUGGUUCGACCUGGACGAGGUGCUGCGUCUCAUCCCUGACGGGUGGUCUGUGGACGUGGUGGCGGGUUUUUUGGUCGGCGCGCUGCGACGGCUGGUGCGCGAGCGCCACGAGGCCAAGGUGGCGAGUGCACUGAGCGGUGCUCAAAAUCUACGCGUAAGUUAUGAUUUCAGCAUGGUUGUGGACGAAAAGGGCCCGACGAGGGCGGAGGCGGAACCGCCGACGGAGGCGGCGUGA